AUGUCUAGCUCCCAUCUGCCCCCACUCCGUCUCCUCUCUCUUGAUGGUGGCGGGGUCCGCGGCCUCAGCUCCCUCCUCAUUCUUCAAGAUAUAAUGACCGAGGUCUCCAACAGCGAGAAGAAACUCAAUCUCCGCUCCCCCAAAGACAACACGCCACUCAAGCCCUGCGACUAUUUCGACCUCAUUGGAGGCACCUCGACCGGAGGUAUAAUUGCAAUUCUCCUCUCCCGGCUCCGCCUCGAUGCGCCAACAUGCAUCAAGAUCUACACCUCGCUGGCCGAGAGGGUCUUCAAGAACGACAGAUGCGUGAACGUUCUGGGCAUGAAAUUGAGACUGUUUGCACCCACAAGAUUCUCCGGGGACGUGCUGGAGAAGGCCAUCAAGGAUGUUCUGAAAGAAUAUGGCUUUGAUCCUGAGGAGAGGAUGUGGGAUGAGACACUAUCGCUCAGGGAGGAGGAGCAGGAACGAAUGAUUGGUUAUGGCGGCAAGGGUUCUGGUCGAAUUUCGACUGGAAAUAUGCCCAAAAUGGAGGUUGCGGAAGGCGGUAAAGUUCAAGAGAUCAUGGACAAUAAGAAGAACCGUUUCAGUCUAAACAGAAUGUCGAUCUCUUCCACUGCGGGAGGAGCGAGACAAUCUCUGUCACUGCUAAAAGGCCGUAAGAGUACUGGCCUCGCAAUUCCUCAACAGCCCGAACCAACCGUCUCCAAGAUAGCCGCUCCUGCUACUUCUAUCAAAGAGCCCACAGGGGCUGGGUGCCAUGGAUUGGUAGUCGCGGUGUAUAAGCAUGCUGUUGGAGUCCCCAGGCUCUUCCUUACCAGCGAUCCCAAUGAUCCAACAAAGGUCUGGCAGGCGCUUCGCGCUACCUCAGCAGCGCCUACUUUCUUUGAGGAGAUCUCAUUUGGCUGCCCCAAGAUCACAUAUAUGGAUGGUGGCCUUGGAUAUAACUCUCCUUGUGUUGAGAUUGAUAACCAGGCCAAGUCCACCUGGGAAGGAAGAUCAGUUGGCUGUGUUGUCAGCAUUGGAACGGGACUGCAGACAAUUCCGAGUGUGCAAAGCAACAAUGGCUGGCUCCCGUUCGGGCUUGACGAUGAUCUUUCAGUCGCCGGCGCAAUCCUACAGAUGGCCACCAGCACCACCCGAGUUGAUAACGAAGUGCAGAGAAUGUACAGAGGCACCGAAACCGAGUACUACCGCUGGGACGUCGACACCGGCAUGGGCGACAUCUCGCUCGAGCAAUGGAUGCGCGAAGACGAGAUGGCCAGCGCAUCCCGCCGCUACAUGGAAGACCCCGACCAAAAGAUCCGUUGCCGAAAGCUCUCAGACACGCUCGCCCGCCUCUCCGCCGGGCCCAAAGUGAUUGAAUGCUCCGCCGGGCGCUUCACCGUCGGCCUCAAGGGCGACGGAUUCCACACGCGGGACUCCGCAAACCCGGGUGUCCCAUGCUGGCUCAUGGAGAACCUCGACCUGAAGACGGGCUACCCGCUCGGAAUGAACCCCAACCAGGACAGCGAGCAGGGGAGGGAGCUGCGGCGCCUGUCUCUCGAGGGCCCCACCAUCCCCGUCGAGAUCGACCUCGACGGUGAUGGCAACAGGAGCGAGGCCCAGGUCAUCACCUGCGUCCGCGCCGAAAACAUUUGCCUCCGCACGCUCAUUAGGAACGUCCCGCAGGGGCGCUACAGCGUCCGCUUCGUCAUCUGCCUGUACACGCAGGACCCAAAGAGCCCCGUCGACUCCCCGCAGGUGCGCAACUUCCACCACGCAUGGCCCGAGGCCGGCAAAGGCAUCUCCACCAGCGCUGCCGCCGGCCGCGACGCCGAGCCGCCCGUAAACCUCAUCUUCUCGGCAGGCAAGCCGUACGAUACAAGGACGUUUGUGCACCGCUAUGUGGACCCCGUUAUCUCGGCCGACAUCGGGUCCGUGAUUCUGCACCCGGAUGCGGUUCGAGUGAGAAUUGAUGAGGAUAUGUGGAGCUCGCGCGAGGGUAAGGGAUGGUUCGAGAUAAGGAGCGAUGUGGAGAUUAGUGUGGGUCUGGAGGGCGAGGUGGGGAUCAUCAUUAACAAGGUGUUUGAGAAGGAGAGGCAGUGGAUUGGUGGGUGGAGCUUUGGUGGGGUGAAGUUGGUGCCGGUGUGUGGUGAGAGAGGCCGGGAGUGA